AGCAAUCAACCAAACAAUCAGUCAAUGAAAAUCAGCUGUGAAAUGACAAUCAGUUAUGAAAAGUACUAGAAUAAUGGAAUGCUUAAUAUCUGUUGCCUGUGAAAAUAUAUUUUGUACUUCCGUAUAAAUAAACUCGUUUAAUUAGACCUUCCAUUUGACAAUGCAAAUAUCCAUUUUGUGAAUAAACUAUUCCAAGUAGAAAUUUAAUUUUUAGAUGCUUAAAUGGAGUUAGAAGAGUAUUGCCAACCAUGGGAAAAUGAUUGCCAAUGGGAGCUAUCCAACCAAGGUAAUGUUACAGAUUCAAAAAUUUGCAAGGCACCUGAAUGCUUUUAAAAUAACUAAAUAGGACCAAGAUUCUACUUCAGAACAGAUGGGUAAAAGAAAAAUUUUAGAUCCAGACUCUUUUAAAUCCAAAAAACAGUGUGAAAGGGUACAAAACGAAAAGCAAGAGGGAGAAGAGAAGGAGAAGCAGGAAAGGGAAGAAAAGGAAAAACAGGAAAGGAAAAAAAGGGAGGUAAGAGAAAGGAAAAAGAAGAAGAAACAAGAAAGCAAAGUAAAACAUGAAUGCCUUCCAUUAGGUUUAAAAAGUGUUGAUUACAAAUCACUCAUUCAGUCAGAAAACUUCAGCAUUAUUGAGAAAUUAACUGUAGAAGUUCAGAAAUUAUUGAAGUUGCAAAAAGAUAAUGCUGUUGAUUUAAUUUUAUCUGCAGCAUUAGAUUUGAACAUUGAAGAUUUGAUUGAUUUCAAAUACACACAAUAUCCUAUUGAAGAAACAAAUUCUGAGAAAGUCACUUACUAUUGUGAAUUUUAUAUUGGUACAACUAAACUUGCCAUCAGUGGUGGAGAAAACAGAUACAUUGCUAAAAAAAAGGCUUCUGAAAAUGCUUUGAAUACAUUAUUAAACCUUCCCCUCAUUGAGAAGUUUUCUGAGGAAGUUCAGAAAUUGCUGAAUAUCAACAACGGAGACAAUAUAUAUGAUUUAUUGUUAAGAGCAGCAAUUUCUUUAGGUAUAGAAAAUUCUUUUCAUUUAAAAUUCGCAACCCGUAUUAUGCACAGAAAAAAGUUUGAUUACACCUAUUCAGGGCAAUUUUGUGAAGUUUUUAUUGGUGCUACUAAAAUUGCUCAUGCCUUAGAUAAUACUAAAAGUGGAGCUAAAAGAAAAGCAUCCUACAAGGCUCUCUAUGUAAUGACACACAUGAAAGAUUUACCUGCUGGAACGUUAGAACGUGGGAAAACUUUGUUGCGAAAAAAGUUGGUCUCUAAAAGUAGUACUAAUGGUAAGUGGGACAGGGAAUUAUUAGAAACAACGGCUUUUGAAAUGAAACGGGAAACAAUGAAAAGGCAGGAUGUUCUAUCUACUCUUUAUACAACUUUUGCCCGAGUAGGAAGACUAGAGGAUUUAGUUUACAAUUCUUAUAAAGAUGUAAGCAGUCCCAAUGGUGGGGAGGCUUUUGUUAUUUGUGAUGCUUUGGUCAAUAAUGUCCCAAUGGCAAGUGGUAGAGCGCUAACCAAAAAAAAAGCCAGACUCAUUGCUGCUAAGAAUCUAAAGAAGUUCUUCUUAGACCUGUUUGAGAGGAAGAGAAAGUCCUCAGAUGCUUCUAAGGAUGUUUAUGCAGAUGUUUUGCGUCUGAUUGAUGACCAUUCCCAAAGAACACCGCUAAAUAUGGAACGUAUGUCUAUAAAUGAGACAACAAGGCAAGCAGAAAUUGUAAAGUCUAAUAUUGUUCCUACAGCAACCUUUUCUCCCCUAGUAAUUAGCAAAGUAAAAGCUAUUGAAACGGCAAUGGUUCCUGUCGCAGAUAGCAACAAAGAAGUAGAAGAUUCUACAAAUUCUUUUUCAAUUAAUGAAAGACUAUACAAUAAUUCGAUUAAACAAAACCUCUUAUUAUUUGAUCGAUCUGAAAUACUUGAUGAAGAACAGCACUCUGCUUGUAGUGAUCUUUCUUAUGCAGUCUGUCACUGCCAUAGAACUCUUGGUUUCAAUUAUCGUCCCCAAAUUGAUGAAACCUAUAUGGUUGAUGUUUUACUUGAUAAUAAAAUUAUUGGGACUGGUAUUGCUGCUACCAAAACAAUGGCAAAGAAUGAAGCUGUGAAGAUAGUUUUGGAAGAACUACAAAAAGAAAUCUACACUAUUAAAGUCAAAGAGAGAGGUGAUGAAGUGUUAGAGAUUGAUCCUUCAGACUUGAUUAAUCUAAAGUUCAAUAGAAAAAAACUUAAAACUGAUGGUAGAAGACACUUUAUUUGUCCAGGGAAUGAGAAUUUUGCUAAAGUUUUUCAGCAUUAUGCAGAUUUAAGUGAGUGGGUAAGCCUGACUAAUACUAAAUCCAAAAUUGCAACUCUGCUGACUGGAUACAGCAAGUCUGAUGAAUUAGUUGUUCUCAAAUUUUCUGAAAAAUUUUCAUUACCUGAGAAGACAGCGAUUCAUCAGAUUCGUCGAAAACUUGGCCUUCUGUUUAAUAGAUAUCAAAAGAAAGAGGAUAAGAAUAUCUACAUAAAGCGUAAAAUUAAAGUAAAAGACAUUUUGGACACUCUUAUAAAAUCUUGUGGUAAAACCUCAAAACAUGAGCUUGUAGACAUGUCAAAUUGAUUGAAUGAAGUAUUCUAAUCAUUGUUAUUGCUUUAA